AGUGUCAGAAGGCCGCAGGCUCGUGGUCCCUGACCGGUCGACGCAGCCUCCUCCCGGUUCCAGAGAAUCAGAGUCACGUUCAGUCAGUGGCCGACUCCCGUCCGCGGAGGUGGUGCGCGUUGUCGUUCCUUCGGCUCUCAUACCAGUGUCGAGAGGGGUUUUCCGGUAUCCAAGCCGUGGGUCCGGCCGAUCUUCAGCGGGAAUGACGGCCAUCAGGAGCACGUGGUCGUCGGUGCUUCUUAUACUUAUUAUAGGAUUAUGCCUGCACGACGUCUUUGCAAAACACCAUCACAUAAAAUUGAGGCACGAAAGACAUCGUCGUCAACAUGGAGAAAGCUAUUUGCCUAGUAGUUUCGUGUUGGAUACGGAUGAACCUGAACAAGGAACGUGGGGACCAUGGUCUACGCCUAGCUCGUGUUCCAGGUCCUGUGGUGGUGGUGUCGCGCAUCAGACCAGACAGUGUCUUGAUAUAGACGACAAUGGCUACAACAGGUGCAGUGGUGCAUCGAGGCGAUUCUUCUCUUGCAAUAUCCAGGAAUGUCCCGGUGAACCGAAGGAUUUCCGAGCAGAGCAGUGCGCCGAAUUCAACAACGUUCCAUUUGAAGGAAUUCACUAUGAUUGGAUUCCGUACACCGGCGGGCCGAACAAGUGCGAAUUGAAUUGCAUGCCGCGCGGCGAGCGUUUCUUCUACAGGCACAAACAGAUGGUGAUCGACGGGACGCCAUGCGAGAUCGAGAAGAACGACGUCUGUGUCGGAGGCAAAUGCAUGCACGUCGGAUGUGACAUGAUGCUUGGAAGCGACGUGAAGGAGGAUGCAUGCAGAGAAUGCGGUGGUGAUGGGUCCAACUGUAACACCGUUUCCGGUUUAUUCGAUACCGACGAUCUUCAAGUGGGAUACAUCGAUAUUAUACUGAUCCCGCAGGCUGCAACAAACGUGAUAAUAAAAGAAAUCAAACCAUCGAACAAUUAUCUAGCUAUUAGAAACACUUCAGGCAAUUAUUAUCUAAAUGGAAACUGGAGGAUAGAUUUUCCACGAAGCUUAAAAUUUGCCGGGACCAUAUUCCAUUAUUCGAGAGAUCCGCAAGGUUUCUCGGCACCCGAUACCAUUACCGCCUUAGGGCCGACGAGUGAACCAAUUUACGUGGUGCUUUUGUAUCAAGACCACAAUGUCGGCGUGCAUUACGAGUAUAGCGUGCCGAAGAGAAUCUCGCAGCAAAAUGAUGCGGAUAGCUACACAUGGAUAACCGAUGAAUUUUCUAGCUGCAGUGCGACUUGUGGCGGAGGUUAUCAAUCGAGACGAGUGGCCUGCGUACGAAGAAGGGACAGGCAACCGGUGGAUGAGAGCCUUUGCGAUCCACAGAUGGAACCAGAUACAACCGACGCCUGUAACGUGGAUCCAUGUCCACCUGUGUGGGUGGAGGGCGAGUGGGGUCCUUGUAGCAAGCAUUGCGGCGAAGGAGGUGAGCAGAGCAGAGGGAUCAAAUGCGAACAGGUCAUCUCUGGUGGAAUCCCUACGGUGGUGGACGAUAGUCAGUGUCUGGAGAAGGUGGGACCAAAAGGGCCGACCAAACAGGAGUGUAACAAGAACGUGACGUGCCCACAAUUUCACAUUGGACCCUGGAAACCGUGUGAUCAUUUAUGCGGUCCGGGGAAGCAAACGAGAAAAGUGACGUGUUACAUGAAGGUGAACGGAAAGAUUCAACUGCUGAAGGAUCAGGCCUGCGAGGGAGAGGUUCCCAAGUCUGAGAAACCUUGCGAAUUGAGACCUUGCGCCGGUCUCGACUGGGUCACGUCGGAUUGGAGUGGAUGCGACGACAAAUGUGGUCUGACUGAAGAGACUAGAACCACGUACUGCGCUACUCAAGAUGGGACCGUUUAUCCGGACGAAAAAUGUGAUGCUGAAAAGAAACCGGAAUUGACGCGAGAUUGCGAAGCUGAAAAGGAUUGCGAAUUCCUCUGGUUCGCCUCUCAAUGGAGCGAUUGUUCAGCGAAAUGUGGGUCAGGUGUACAGACACGCAAGGUGUUCUGUGGCACGUUCGAUGAUGAAACGGUGAAGAAAGUAGCAGACGAGAAGUGCGACGCAGACAAGAAAUUCAACGAGACGAAGAACUGCACCGCCAAGGAAGAGUGCAAAGGUGAAUGGUUCGCUGGUCCGUGGAGCAAGUGCUCGAAACCGUGUGGUGGUGGCAUGAUGAACCGCAAGGUGAUUUGCAUGAAAGCCAACAUGACGGUCACAACAAACAACUGCGACUCUAAUACGAUCAUAUUCUCCACGGAAAAUUGCAACAACCAAGCCUGCGAAGAAGACGAGGUGAUACCAAUGCAACCAGAGAAAAUCCCAGAUCUCACUGAAGAGGACGAAGAGUGCGAAGUGUACGAAGAUGAAAACUUCGUGACUGUCUCUUCGAGCUUGACACCUAGCGAUAAAUCUAGUAAAAUGUUAGAUCUUACGGAAGCAACUCCUCUGAGCUUGCCAGAUACGAGUGAUACUACUGGAAGCGACAUAUAUGAUAAAAUGCAAGGGGAUGCCGGAUAUACCAGGGGCGACAUAUCUCCUGGAGAAAUGGAAAUGGGUGAAGGAAGUGGAACAGAUUUCACGGAUAUAUACACAUACACAUCAGGGUUUGAAUCGACUUUCGAAGGCAGUGGAACCAACGAGGUUACCGAAGAUGGUGAACUGUUUGCAACGGAAUUUGGAAUAACGGAAAUCGGCGUGACUGAAGAGAUCGAAUCCACCAUGGAUACUACUGAUGAAUCGACAGUUGAAUCAAUGACUGAGUCUGAUGGAACGGAUAUGACAACUGAGUCUGGUACAACUGAAGAAAUAACAACUGGAUCGAGCGACGAGACUACCGAAAUGCUAGAGAGCACUGAGAGUGGACCAACCGAGGCCACGGAAUCCACUGAAUCGGGUCCAACCACGUCUUCGUCGGAAACCGAAAGCACGGUUACUGAGCAGACCAUUUCAACAGAAAUGACCCCUACUGAGGAAUCUGCAGUUACGUUCGAAACAACAUCAGAAGUAGAAGAAACAGGUGUGACUGGAGAAACAACAGAAUCAGGUGCCACCGAAGAAAGUACCGAAUCAGGAUCAGCAGAACCAACGAUGUCUACAGAAUCAGGAGUUACAGAAGAAACCACAGGAUCUGGUGUAACGACAGAAAGUACGUCAAUAGAAAUCACUGAGUCAACAGAAUCUGGAGCUACGACAGAGCCUGGAGCUACGACAGAGCCUGGAGCUACGACAGAGCCUGGAGCUACGACAGAGCCUGGAGCUACGACAGAGCCUGGAGCUACGACAGAGCCUGGAGCUACGACAGAGCCUGGAGCUACGACAGAGCCUGGAGCUACGACAGAAUCUGGAGCUACGACAGAAUCUGGAGCUACGACAGAAUCUGCAGCUACGACAGAAUCUGCAGCUACGACAGAACCUGGAGCUACGCCAGAAUCUGCAACAACGGAAAUCACCGAAUCAACAGAAUCUGGAGCUACGGAAGUCAUUGAAUCGACAGAAUCUGGAGCCACGACAGAAUUUGGAGCUACAACAGAAUCUGGAGCCACAACAGAAUCUGGAGUCACGACAGAAUCUGGAGUCACGACAGAAUCUGGAGCUACAACAGAGUCUGGAACCACCAUAGAAUCUGGAGCUACAACAGAAUCAACAGAAUCUGGAGCAACUACCGAAACCACGGAAUCUGGAUCGACAGAAACUACCGAAUCUGGCAUGACAACAGAAUCUGGUAUGACUACUGAACCUGGCAAAACAACAACAGAACAAACGACAGUUUCCGGCGAGACCACCGAAUCUGGUGCCACGACCGAAUCAGGAGAAACUACAGAGUCUGGUGCAACCACUGAGAGCGGUGAAACCACUGUGUCUGGCGUAACUGAUACUACUAUUUCUGGAUUGACACCAGUCACUGAGGAAGCAAAAUCGGAAGUAACUGAGGAGAUAUACAAACUAUCCGGAUUCUGGACGACCAUUGGCCCAGAAGAAGCCACGCGCAAGCAUCGCGUGUGCAAAGUGCUGAGGAAGAAGACCUGUAAGGCCUCGCCCUUCGGUUGCUGUUACGAUGGAAUUACUACGGCUGAAGGACCGUUUGGCCAAGGAUGUCCCACGGUACAGACUUGCAACGACACUAGAUAUGGUUGUUGUUCGGAUGGAGUGUCUGCAGCCACUGGUCCGGAGAACCAAGGUUGUCCCGAAUCACACUGCAAGGAAACGUUGUUCGGUUGUUGUCCUGAUGGAAUUAUCGCUGCUGAGGGCAACGACUUCGAAGGAUGCAAGAAACCUUGCAACGAAACAGAAUUUGGAUGUUGUCCGGAUAACGAGACUCCAGCUAGCGGAAAGGAUAAUAUCGGAUGCUGCAAUGUCACUGAAUUUGGUUGUUGUCCUGAUGGAAUUAAGCCCGCUUCUGGACCAAAUGAAGAAGGUUGCGAAGAGGAAAUUACUUCUGUCACACCUCUCACAGAAGAGUAUGAAACAACUACAGUACAGGAAGAUUGCGCAAAUACCACCUACGGAUGUUGUCCGAAUGGUAUUUCGACUGCUACUGGCACAAACUUCGCAGGAUGCGGUGUUAUAAAUACAGAGAACUGCACUAUAUCGUACUUUGGAUGUUGUCCUGAUGGCGCCUCACCAGCUCUGGGUCCCAACAACUAUGGCUGUCACAUGCCCUGCGAAAACAGUACUUAUGGCUGUUGCGAUGACGGUAGCACUCCUGCUCAUGGUCCAAACAAAGAGGGUUGUUGUCUGUCGACACCGUUCAAGUGCUGUCCAGACAACAUACUUCCAGCUCGCGGUCCAGAUUUCUACGGUUGUGGCUGCCAAUACUCGAGAUUCGGAUGCUGUCCAGAUAACAGCACCGCUGCUCGUGGUCCAAACAACGAGGGCUGCGGUUGCAAGUAUACAGCUAAUGGUUGCUGUCCUAAUCGCUUCACCCCGGCCACAGGACCAAAUUACGAGGGCUGUCCGUGUUAUACGUAUCAGUUUGGUUGCUGCCCUGAUGGUGUCACCAUCGCUAAAGGACCUCAUGGACAAGGCUGCGGUUGUGAGAAUACAGAAUUCAAGUGCUGCUCAGAUGGAAGAACUCCUGCAAAGGGUCCAAACUUCGCUGGAUGUACUUGUGACACCUCGAAGUAUGGAUGUUGUCCCGAUGGGGUGGAAGAAGCUCAAGGAGAAAACUUCGAGGGCUGUCUGUCUGUUCCAUCUACUCCUGGGGCAGCGUGUGCUUUGGAGAAAGAUAGAGGACCAUGUCGGGACUUCACCGUCAAAUGGUACUUCGACACGGAGUAUGGUGGUUGCUCGCGGUUUUGGUAUGGAGGUUGCGAGGGCAACGAGAAUCGAUUCAAGACGCAGGAAGAAUGUAAGCAAGUGUGUGUGCAGCCCAAAGGAAAAGAUUCAUGUAACCUGCCAAAAAUCUCUGGGCCCUGCGAGGGCUACUUCCCUACUUGGUAUUACGACUCUGGAAGGAAACAGUGUGGUCAAUUUGUCUAUGGCGGUUGUCUCGGAAACGCGAAUAAAUUUAAAACGAAAGAAGAAUGUGAAGAGCUUUGUGUCACUCCCGAUGAUUUGGAUCCGUGCGAACAGUCGAAAGAGCCAGGUCCCUGCGAAGGCAACUUCACCAAAUGGUAUUUCAACGCAGAAUCGCAAGCCUGCGAGCAAUUCCGCUACGGUGGAUGCAAAGGAAAUGAUAACAACUUCGCGACGGAAAUCGCUUGCCACCAACAAUGCUUGCAACCAGGGAGGACACGAGUAAAACUGACAGACGUGUGCCGCUUGGAGAAAGAUCCGGGCCCUUGUCCGGGCUCUGUGUUACGCUGGUAUUAUGACGCCGUGCGUCAGAUGUGUAGCCAAUUUGUUUACGGCGGUUGUAAAGGCAAUGCCAAUAGAUUCCUUACACGUGCUGCCUGUGAGCAGCGCUGCCCCGUAAAAGAGCAAGACACCUGUCUCUUGCCCGCGCUUUUGGGAGAAUGCCACAAUUAUACUCAACGAUGGUACUACGAUUCGUACGAACAACAAUGUAGACAAUUUUACUAUGGUGGUUGCGGCGGGAACGAGAAUAAUUUUGUUACCGAACAAGAUUGCUUUAAUAGGUGCCAAACUACUACUAGCACCAUCACACCAUCGGAAGAGGACGGAUUUAGACCAGAUUUCUGCUUCCUUUCGAAGUAUACCGGUCAAUGCUCCGAAGAACACGUCAAAUGGUUCUACGACAGCGGCGAUGGUGUCUGCAAGCAAUUUGUGUAUAGCGGCUGCGAGAGCAAUGGAAAUAAUUUCAACAGUCAGGAAGAGUGCGAAUAUCGAUGUGGAGAUGUUCAAGAUCCAUGCACUCUACCCAAAGUCAUUGGUCCCUGCAAUGGUAUCGUUAGACAAUACUACUACGACCAUCAAUCAGAUUCUUGCUACGAAUUCGAAUAUAGCGGUUGCCAGGGUAAUAAGAAUCGUUUCCAAGAUAAAGAAUCCUGCGAAAGGAAGUGUCAGAAACAUGUUCAAACAGAAACACCUGCAAAUGUUACCGUCGUACCUAUUGUAUCAGUUGAAACUGUCUCGAAGAACCCAAUUUGUUACAAGACUGUCGAUCCUGGCUCUUGCAAUGGUGAUAUCACCGCUUAUUACUAUGAUUCGCACAAUCAGUUAUGUCAGGCGUUUAUCUAUGGCGGUUGUGAAGGAAACGCGAAUAGGUUCCAGACGGAAGAACAGUGUGAACGUCUUUGCGGAAAAUUCCAUGGUCAAGAUAUGUGUAAUCUACCAGUGGAUUCUGGUGUUUGUAGAGGCUCUUUCCCCAAAUACUACUAUGAUUAUGUUAGUCGCGUUUGUCGCGAGUUUCUGUACGGCGGAUGUGAAGGCAACGCGAAUAGAUUCAGCACGAUGGCAGAGUGUGAAUCGAUUUGCAUUCAUCACGAAGAACCCGUGCCACCCGGAAACGGUACCAGCCUCUCAAGUUUGUCGAUUUGCAAAGAACCGGUCGACACAGGAUCUUGUGCUUCGGGUCGACAUGAUCAUACCAAGCGGUUCUAUUUCGACGACGAACAACAAACAUGUCGAGGGUUCAUUUAUACUGGAUGUGGUGGAAAUCGUAACAGAUUCAAGACCUUCGAGUCUUGCAUUAGCACUUGUCUUACCAGUAAGUCGACUACUAACGAGAUCGACUCCGAAGAGAAUAAAAAGGAUCCUUGUGCGGAAGCUCGCGAGGAAUGCAAUAUGAUUCGUUGUCCUUACGGCAAAGAGGAGUUCGUAGAUUCUCAGGAUUGCGGACGAUGUCGUUGCGUGGAUCCUUGCAGGACACAGGCUUGUCCCGAUGACACCAAAUGUGCCAUUACUCUGGUUGGUACCGAGGAUGGCACCGAAUACAGAGGAGUUUGUAGAUCAGUUACGAAACCAGGCCGCUGUCCGAGCGUAUCGAACAGCACAAGAUGCGAACAGGAAUGUCUCACAGACGCUGAUUGCACCGGAGAAAUGAAAUGUUGUAACAAUGGCUGCGGCGCUUCCUGUCUUGAACCGGCUGUCGAUGAAGUUCUAUCGACUACUCCACGACCGGUAAUCACUGCACGGCCGGUUGGUUCGGAACCAGCUUCGAUCAAGCCACCAGAAGAACCAAACGUUAGCGCUCAGGAGGGUGGCUAUGUGACAUUGAAGUGUGUUGCUUUCGGACAUCCAAAACCAACCAUUACGUGGAGGAAGGGUACAAUGCUGAUUGCAGCUUCAGAGAGCAGGCGUCGCAUAUUGCUCGAUGGUUCUCUUCAGAUCAUUAAUUUAGACCGAUACGACGGUGGAACUUAUGUCUGCACAGCUGACAAUGGUUUAGGACCACCGGUAAGAGUGGAAUACCAAUUGGUGGUCACAGAGCCAAGAGAACUGGCUGCGGCUAUCAUUGGAGAGCCUAACACUAGCGUGACGGUGACCAUGAACUCCCCCAUAUCUCUGCACUGCUACGCGUGGGGUUGGCCUAGGCCUUUCGUCACUUGGUGGCAAGGCGAUCGCAUGUUACCACUGUCUUCGGAAAUUUACGAACAGGAUUCCGACUACACGCUUUUGAUCCGAACCGUCACGCUGCCCACUUUGGGCGUUUACACAUGUCAAGCGUUUAACGCAAUUGGUAGAGCUGCCUCUUGGUCGGUAAUAUUACAAGCUGUCGGCCCAGUGUAUAACAUCAAUCCCGAAUACGAACAGUAUCUCAAGUAUCUGGUCGAUCCUCCUAAAAAAGAUGAGAAUAUUCUGUAUCCCUAUAGACCUAACAGAACUCAAACUACUGACUUUCAUACCUAUGGAUUUGUGUACACCACCAGACAAACACAUAUUUCUACAGUCAAUCCUAUUGGAUAUACUACUUUGGACUUUGGUUCGAGGUUCAGAGUGCCUGUCACGGCCAACAUAUCGAUAGGACAAAGCCAAUUCCCAGAAGGUAGUGACAUUACUAUCGCUUGUAACGUCGAUGGAUAUCCGAUUCCUCGAGUAUUUUGGUACAAAGAUAAUGAGCUGAUUCACCAAAACAAUCGAAUUCAAAUUACUGAUUUGAACAGACUUGUGAUCAGCGACGCAAAUCGAGAAGACUCUGGUCAAUAUCGUUGCGAAGCGAACAACGAUUAUUCGUCUGCUUUUGCGAUGGUGGAUAUACAAGUUGCUGGAAUCUUCAUUCACCCUAAUUGCCAGGACAACUCGUUCUUCGCGAAGUGUGACCUGAUCGUGAGUGCAAGAUACUGUACGCACAAAUACUAUGCGAAGUUCUGCUGCCGAUCCUGUACCGAGGCCGGCCAGCUUCCUUCCAGAGGGCCUCACCUGAACACAUCGAGAAGGAGGCGAAGGUACAUUCUGAAGAAUCUCGUCUAAGAAAGUUUCGUUUGCUUCCUGCAAGCCCGAUGAACAAAGCAGAGCAAUUACGAUAAGGUCUCUCUUGCAUAGUUCAAUUAAUAUUGUUAAUAAAAUUUGACAAGUCACAAGUUUUCAGCACUAAUGAAUUUUGGGAAGAAAAAAAAUAAAUUUCGCAAUUAUGAGAUUAUUAAUUAUCCUACUUGGAUGGAAUAUGGAAUAGAAAAAUUAUUAAGAAUUCCAGGACAUGGUGUAGUGAAAUUAUUAAAAAUUCUACGACAUAGGAUUAUAAAAUUAUUAAAGAUUCGAUAGCACAGGAUAGUAAAAUUAUUAAAAAUUCUAGGGUGUAGGAUCGUAAAACCUCGAAAGAACAGUUUACAAUCUAUAAAUUGUAGCUUGUCAAAUUCACUAUCAUCAUGCAAAAGAGACGUCUGAAAAAAGAAGACUCGGCUCUCAAAUGUAUCGUUACUAAAGAAACGAAGGAGGACGACGACGAGGCCGCGUGGUCAUUCGAUCCGAUCGAGGACACAGAACUCCUCUGUCUCGAGCACGUGCUGUAUAAACGUGACGUUAAUUCACUGCCAAAGCCUUAGAACGUCUAUACAUAGAUACUUUUAAUAUAUAAUUAAGCAACAGUGAGACGGAAGAGCGUGAGAACGAAAGAGUUGCAUAACGAGACAUAAAAUGAUUUUAUCGUUGCUUUUUCUUCUUUUCCUUCAAUUCUGUUUCAACGUCGUCGUUCGUCGUUGUUCGUUUUAUGUAUGUAUAUACGAUCUGACGCUGGAAUCCUAGUCGGUCGAAGCCAUAUCAAGAUAGGAAUGAUCGCUGUCCUCCGGGGAACGAGAGAAAGCGCAUCUUGAUCGAUUAAUCGAUCGAUAACAUUUGCUCUUCUUUUCAUUUUACUUUCCGUUUGGUUCGCGUUCCAGUCGUUGGCCAUCUCAGAAUAUAAUCUGGAAUCAUGCGAUGAAAUACAGAAAUUGAAAGCCGAAAUAGCUAGUGAAGAUAUAGUCAAGGAAAAAUAAUUUAGCAGACAAUCUUUUUUUUUGAAUAUCAAACCCUUGCAAAAUUAUUUUUCUCUAACGUAAACAAUUCGACAAUUCAUCAAAUAUUCUAAAAUUCUCUCUUUGUUUUAUCAUUUAAUGUAUUCUAAGUUAAGAAAUAAAAGGAUUCAAAAUUCUAAAAAACUUCAUUACAUAUCUUAAUUCUAGAUUUAAAACAAAAAUCAUACGUUUGCGAUAAUAAUGUAUUCUAUUAAAUUUUAACAAAAAUUUAAGCUCUUGAGGAUAGGGUAAAAGAUAUUCGCAAGGUUCCAAGGAAGUCGUCACGAUGAAUCCAUACGACAACGCAAUGUAUCGAUCAAUCUGAUUCUUCAAGUGAAAGAGCUUCGUAAAAUAGACACGUCAGGGGAACAAAGAAAAUGUCGCGAAAGAACGAGUUAAGAUCGCUAUAUCUUUUUUUCUUUUUUUAAGCGGAUAGAUCGUAUUAAGCGAUCGCAUAAAAUGAAAAGAAAAGAAGAAAUAGGGAAUUUGGGGGAGGGGGGAACUUGUACCUAUUUGUAUGAAGCAUACAAAUAUACGCAUGUUACGUUGUAAAAUAUAAAUAGUUUAUUGCGCAGUACACCAUUUAUAUACUCUAUGAUACUGUUACUACUUAUAUCCCUUAUCGAUAUUCCAAUAUAUUGCCAUAACACAAAACAAUCCUCUGUCAAUGAACAACAUUUUACGAUUAUCAUAGCGACGAUUAAGAAUGGCGAAGGUGCAACAUCGUGACGACAAUAUGCUGGCUCAUAAAAUGAAUAAGAAUGGAAGCAAUUGAUAAAAAAGAAAAGGAAAAUUGACUCUUUGCUAAUGUUUUCAUUUUAAUUAUUUUAAGUUUUGCGCUUUUACGUAGUUUCGUUCUGAAAAUUGUAUAAUAAUUUCGGUGGUUACAAUUUUAUUUGCAAAGCUCGUUAAAAAGAGGAUCGAACAGUUAAGUCGUUAGAUGUUAAUAACAAUUUACAAGCAUUUAUCAGUAAAUCAAUCACGAUACGCACCUUCUUUCACCAUAUUAACGUGUUGCAUUUAUAUAUUUGUUCCUGAACAUUUUAAUCGUAAUGUUAACUACACACUGUUACUAUGUAUAGCGUAUCAUCUAUCGUGAAGCUUCGAUGUUUGAGAAUAAGAGCAUAAGUUGUGUCAAAUCCGAACUUAUCAAAAAAAUAGCGUGAAACUCUUAUAUAAAAUUAUUUCCUUUUCUUACACGAUAUUAUAUUCUAACAAGUUAGAAACGACAUAUUUCUUCUUGGUAAAGCUGAUACCAAUUUUGAUAUAUUAUCACUUCUUCACGAAAAUAUAGAAAAAAAUGUAUUUCUAUUACUAAUUGACAAAAAAGAAGUUCAAGAAGGUUCGAUCAACAAAGGGUUAAUUUCAAUAUAGAGUGGAAGAAGGUUACAUAUCAUUGGAAAAUUGUAUGCGUAUUUCGUUCCAACAUCGGUAAGAGAUAAUUUAUGCUUUUAAUCUUGAAGUGUCGCAAAAAUAUCAGUAGCUUGUAGCGUAUCAAAAUUCUGAAGGAAGGUACCAAAAGCAUUUAUAAUUAUAUAUAAAUAUUAUAGAUAUAUGUAAGCGUAAGUUUUACUCGAUAAUGGAAAGAAUCCACGGAACUGUAGGAAAAAAAGGACAUUCUUCUUUCGUCUGAUCGUUUCAGUCACAGUAAAUGACAGUGCCUUAUUAGAAGCCCUUCGAAAGUGUCGAGGAAGGAGUGCUAAAUAGAACUUUACAUACAGAUUACCGUUAGUGUAAAUACAAAAAUAGUAGUAUACGCGAAGCAGAACGAAUUGUCUGAAGAUUUUCAAUCGCAGAAAUUUAUUGAUAGUCACUAAAAAGAAAAAGAUAUUAGACGAUCGUACCAAAGUGUGAAAAAGCUAUUCCUCCAAUUUUUUACGUUUUCUUAUCGAAUAAAAUAUAUAUAUAUAUAUAUAUAUAUAUAUAUAUAUAUAUAUAUAUAUUUAUUCGUAUAUUAUUUCCCAAUUACGUACCAAACGUAUGAAAACCACAAGUGGAAAUAUGACUCAAAUCACAUUUUUUUUUUAGCAAGUCUUUUAUAGAAGAGCAAUUUUAAAAUUCGAUGUUAUUGUAUAUUCGAUAUUAUAUUAAUGAAGUUAGAACAACGUAAUUGUUCGUUUCGUACAAAAUAUUAUAGGUUUAUCAUUUAUCACAAGAUGCUUUUGAACUAUUUCAUAUUAAAAUAGACGUAACAAAUGUAUAACAAACAUAUUAAAAUUUUAUAUUAAAAUACGCGUAACAAAAUAAUGAGAAAAUCAACAAAAAUGAACUUGUCAUAUUUUUCCCAUGUGUGGUCUUUAUGUAUAGUAGAAUCUAGAUAAAAUUUGGAAAUUGUGACAAUCACAGUAUUGCUUUAAAAGAAAUGAAGCAUGUAAACCUUUAUUAUCGUUUUCUUCAUUUACCCGGAGGAAUCGUAGCAAGAAAGGAAAGAAACAAGGAAUAAUGGAAAGAUAUUAAGUACUCUUCUCCUCCGUACUCCUUUAGAUAUGACCAAACUAGACAUGACACGAUUGUAGUAACGUAGCAACACGACAUUAUUUAGUAAAUGUAUAAAUAGCAUAAAUUCUCCUAGUUUACAUAGAUAUAUGCUACUGAUUGCAUAUCGGUAACAAACAAAAAAUACAAAAAAAGAGACUAAAGAAAAUGUAACGUAGAAAAGAAUGUAUCGUGUUUAUUACAAGAAAUGAUAACGCAAGGAAAGAACAGGAGAUAAAUAACGUCAAGCAAAUUGUUUCGGUAGAUUUUCUCUAUUCUAUAGUAAAUAAUUUAUAUUUGUACCGUGUGAUUUUAAAGUCUAUACAAUGGCAACAUAUUCACUUACACGUUAUACACUAUACAUGUAUAUAUUUAUCCCUGUAUUACGUACUAUACUCGUUUAAUCGACCUAUCUUACAGACCGUUGGAGAAUUCCUUGUGGAAACUUUGUAAAAUUCGUAGAAACGAUCGUGACUGGUUGAUUCGUUGAUUUUCAAUCAAUUUUCCAAAUACCAAUGCGUUUUCUUUUUGUAACACAAAGGUAGUGUGAUAAUGAUAAUUAACAUAUAAUACUGUUUAGAAUGGCUAUGAUAGUUAUAACGAUAUAUUAUAAUUAUAUAAGCAGAUAAUUAAGGAUUUAAGAUAAUAUAAUAGAACUAUUGAUUCAUGUAGUGAAUAAUUUUAGUCAGUUAUUUAGAACUUGAAUUUUGUGAAUUUAAUCAUUUUGGAAAAUAUAAAUGAAAAUAGGAUCUUUCUAUACGAGUAAUUUUGAAAUUCAUUUCACUUCUUUUUCUAACUGUUUUACAAUUUGGAGAAACGCAUUUCAUUUAAUUUCUAUAGAAUAAAGUUAAACAAAAAUAUGCAAUGGAACGUACCUCGCGUAGAAUCAACAGAAGUCUCCUCAAAAAAUUUUGUUUUAAUAUUCUUAUAUAAACUAAAGAGAGAGAAGAAAAUUCUUAACGAAUCAGCUACGAUUUACGAUUGUUGCUACGAAUACACCGACAAAGGAUUUAAGCAUAAGUUACAUGAGAAAAAUACGAGGAAACAAGAAAAUUCGCCAAAAAAGAGAAAAAUGAAAGACGUGAAAGAAAGAUUAGAUUAAUCAUACAAAUUCGUGUCUCUAAUGUAUUAUCACACACAUCGCGAGAGUGCUAAAGAUUUUAGUGAUUUUAGUACUUGUAAGUUAUACCUUAGGUAACGAUUAAUAUAAUAUAAAUAUAUAUAUAAUUAUAUAUAUAUAAAAUAAAAGUAGAAAUGAAGGAAUGCCACUAUACAAACAUUGUAUGGACAAUAAUAAUAUAUAAGAUCCUUAAAUAUAUGAUUAAACGAUUA